CUUCUCCACUCCACGCACACAGAGACACAGAGAAAAGGGGAAGAAAAAAAUAAAAGCAAAGGAGAGAUGGACACCUGGUUCAUCAUCGUAACUACCCUAUGCAUCUCUGCUCUCAUAAAAUCUCUCUUCAAUCUAAUCCUCUCCCCAUCUUCUUCCUCAUCCAACAAGAACCUCCCUCCGGGCCCAGCCACUGUACCAGUGAUUGGAAACUUCCUAUGGCUUCGCAAAUCAUUUUCGGAGAUUGAACAAGGUCUCCGAGACCUCCGGGGCAAGUACGGCCCCAUCAUCACCCUCCGGAUAGGGCAUCGUCCCGCCAUCUUCGUCAGCAGCCACUCCAUCGCCCACCAUGCCCUUAUUCAAAACGGUGCCCACUUCUCAGAUCGCCCCAAGGCCCUCGCCACCGUCAAGAUUUUCAGCAGCAACCAACACACUAUCAGCUCCGCCGCCUACGGCCCCACCUGGCGCCUCCUCCGCCGCAACCUCACCUCCGAGAUCCUCCACCCCUCCCGCGUCAAAUCUUAUACCCACGCCCGGCAAUGGGUCCUUGGAAUUCUGAUCCACCAUCUUCUCGAUUCCACCAAGGACUCUUCGGCGGAAGCCGUGAAGGUGGUGCAUCAUUUCCAAUACGCUAUGUUUUGCUUGUUAGUACUCAUGUGUUUUGGUGAUAGGCUUGAUGAGAAGCAAAUUACACAAAUCGAGACGGUGCAGCGCGCGAUGCUAUUGAGUUCUAGUCGCUUCAAUAUGCUCAACUAUUGGCCCAAAUUAGGGAAGAUUGUGUUUCACAACAGCUGGAAUGAGCUCCUGCGGAUGCGCCAGGAUCAAGAGGAAGUGUUGAUUCCUCUUAUAGAAGCCCGAGUCGACGUUGUGAAACAACGACGACAAGGGAACCAAGAAGAAGAAGUGGGCGUGGUGGCAUAUGUGGAUACGUUGGUGGAUCUUGAACUGCCCGACGAGAAGAGAAAGCUCAACAACGAUGAGAUGGUGAGCCUAUGCAGUGAGUUUCUCAACGAGGGCACUAAUACUACAUCGACUGCUUUGCAGUGGAUCAUGGCUAACCUGGUGAAGUACCCUCGGGUUCAGUCCAAGUUGUACGAAGAGAUUAUUGGGGUAGUGGGCCCACCACCGCCCCUGUCCCGAGGAGGAGAGAAAAAAGAAAAGGAAAUCCUUCUCGUAAUAAAUGAGAAGGAUUUACAUGAGAUGUCGUACUUAAAAGCUGUAGUAUUGGAAGGAUUGAGGCGUCAUCCACCGGGACACUUCGCACUGCCCCACACGGUGACUAAAGAUGUGGAGUUGGAAGGCUAUGAGGUGCCCAAGGGUACAAUGAUAAAUUUCAUGUUGGCGGAGAUGGGGUGGGACCCGAAGGUAUGGGAUGAGCCCAUGGAGUUCAAGCCCGAGAGGUUCUUGAUAAAUAGCGGUGGCAAUGGAGGAGAAGGGGAAGGGGAAGGGGAAGGGAAAGGGGAAGCGACGGUGGUGUUCGAUAUAACAGGGAACAAGGAGAUCAAGAUGGUGCCAUUUGGGGCCGGGAGGAGGAUUUGUCCGGUAAGUGGUUUGGCUCUGCUUCACUUGGAAUAUUUUGUCGCCAAUUUGGUUUGGUAUUUUGAAUGGACGGCUGCGGAUGGAAAUGUUGGGGAUGUUGAUUUAUCAGAGGAACACGAAUUCACUAUUGUGAUGAAGAAUCCACUACGGGCCCACAUCUCUCCUAGAGGAUAAGGGAUAAACAAAGAAAAAUGCUAUGCACCCCAAACAAAUUAUUAAAUUUUUUACCAAACCUUUCACGUGGGGGUGUGGGAUUCACACAAAUCAAAUGUGUGUGGAUCCCACACCCAUGUGAGAGAUUUGGUAGAAAAUUUAAUAAUUUGUUUGGGUCCCUAGCAUAACUCAUAAACAAAUAAGAGAAAAGCUAAGAAUCAUUAAAAAAACUUUUAUGAAAAUGAUCAUGAAAGAAUUAUGACCCUUGAAUUAUCUUGAUUAGUGUGUUGUGUUUUAUUUUAAGUGUAAUCCAAGAGUCAUAAAUCUUUCAUCCUCAUUUUCAUAAAAAAAAUUUCAUGAUACUUAGUAUUGCCCAACAAAUAAAUACACACUAGUAAUAUUAUAUAUGCAAGACCAAGGAUUUGUGGGUUGUCCACUGUCCAGUUGUCCUACUUUAAAUUCACAAUGUAAUACAUAUAUAUGUAUUUUUGUAACGUACACACCCACCUAUACCUUGACCCACUUUUAGAGUAAGAUAGAAGAUAAUACGUAACUUCUUUUUUUUUCUUCUAGUUUUUACUUUGAUCUUUUCCAUGAUUUUGUUGUAUAUAAUUGUCGAAGAAGGGCAAUCUUGGCUAACCCUGACAGGUAGCUUAGUUGUUCAUUGGGUUUGUUGUCGAAGAAGGGCAAUCGUGGCUAACCUUGACAGGUAGCCUAGUUGUUCAUUGGGUUUGUUUCUUACAUGAUCGAUUCAGUUUCACCUUUUAUUGGUUCAUUCGGUUUACUAGAAUUAUGUAAUUAGGGUUGUCACUUGAUUUUCAGAUUUAUGUUCCUAGAAUGGGGUCAAAAAUCCUUGCAUUGGACAUAAUUGUGGUUACACAAAAACAUAAAUAAAAAUCAAGUACAUAAAUUUCAUUCCA